AUGGAGACCAUCAUACUCCCCCACCUGCCGCACCACCCCCUUCACGUGUGCCUCUUCCGAGACGUGCACAACGCCGCUUUCCUGCGCCAACAGCUCCUCGACGGCAACGCCAGCUUCGAGUACGCCUUCCUCGAUGCAUCCGUGCUGCUGUCCCGCAAGCACGUCCUCUCCGCCUGUUUCAGCGCCGUCAACGACCUGCUCAACACGCGCAUGAAGAGCCGCAACGUCCACUCAGAGAUCGUCUUCGCCCUCUCUCCAAACAACAACAUCGCAGAAUCUUUUCGCCGAUUUGGACUUCAAGAUGGCAGCCAGCAUAUCGUUGCUGUCAAGGUCGGCGGAGAUCGGGCGCCUGUCGAAGUCCACCUUCUCGAAAACGUCAACGGCACACCUCAAACACUCACCGACGACCAUCUGGCUCCAACUCAAGAUGUCGCAAGGAUUCGGAAGAUCUACCGACUGGACGCACCAAAAAAAGGUGAAGCAGCAACUCUCUUGAGCGCCGAAGCUGAAGCUUUCGUGCUUGGCAGUAUGGCGUUGAAAGGCUCGUGA